UUCUUAUUGCACUGUAGCCUUUACUUUUGGCACCCUGGCCUAUAAAGAGGGCACAAAGUCCAUUGGAUGGUGUGUCUAAAUAUUUUGAUACUUCUUGUAAUCCUUGAGGUGCUCAGCUAUGGCUCAUGAGCAAUGGUUGUUGCUUGCUUUGGUUGGGCUUGGGAUGGGCUUACAAGCCAUGGCUAAGGACUUUGAUUUCUAUUACUAUGUCAGCCAGUGGCCAGGAUCAUACUGUGCACAAUCGGGCAAAGGUUGCUGCCUCCCAACAACUGGUGAGCCUGACGAAAACUUCUUCAUUGUCGGCCUGUACGCCACCACCUCCGUCGGUGCCGUGCUCAGAAAGUGCCCAAACGAACAAUCCUUUGACUUCUCAAAGUUGGAGGACCUGGAGGAGAGUCUGUCUGAUGUGUGGUCUAGCAUCAAGUGCCCAAGCAACAACGGACAAUCAAUGUGGAAGUCCUUGUGGAAGAACAAUGGGGUCUGUUCAAACCUCGGCCUAUUUGAGUACUUUGUGCAAGGCAUAAUCAUCCACCGUGAAAUCAACCUCAUCAAAGCCCUUAGAAUCCAUGGCAUUGUGCCAGAUGGUCGACUAUACCAACUUGCAGACAUUAAAAAAGCACUGAAGAUUGAGUUAGGGGAGGAGGUCGGGAUCCGAUGCAGCACCAACUUGGAGGGAAAUUUUCAACUCUAUGAAGUCUAUGUCUGCAUCGACAAACACGAUGCCACAAGUGUGAUACCUUGCCCGAGCUUGCCCAACUUUAAAUGCUCUGAUGAGAUACGCUUCCCUACCUUCGAUAUCCAAAUGCUCGAGAAGAAUGUGACCAGCAACUCACUCAAUCUCCAAGUUGAAUGAUGGCCAUGGCACUAAGAGAACAUGUUGCUUCUCUUCUCAUUUCAAGCUCAUCUAGUAUGGUGUCCCAGAAUUUGUAGUUAUUUUUGGGCUUGAUAUGAAUAAGAUUGUGGUUUCUCUUACAAAAA